AGGGAAUGGGCUUUGGAGGCGGACAGGGAAGGCUUUUCUCUGCCGCAGCAGGGACGCGAGGUGCGGGCAGGGCAACUUCUUUAACAUUUUCUAUUAUUCAGCCUUUCAUAUUUAAUAUUUUUACUAUCCCUGUUGUGCCAGGACAGGGAAGAGCGGGGCGUGCAGCCUGUGCUCAUCACCUGCAGCUGUCCUGCAUCCCACAGCCAGCCCAACUUUGUGAUGCCUGAGCAGGAUCUGACCCAGGAAGGCAAACAGGGAAGCACUGGGUCCUCCUCCCUUCCCUUCCCAUCCCUCCCACGCUGCUGUUUGGGGGCUGUGACCCCUCCCCAUUGCUCAGCACCCAUUCCAGUGAGCAGUGGUUGAUGGUGAUGUUUACAAAUUUUUGGCGUCCUUUUGUGUUCCGCCCCCAUUUUGACUCAUCAGCCUUUUUCUAUCUGUCCUCAUCAGCAGAUCAUUCUUAUUAUUAGAUCUGUCUUUUUCCAGCAACAGUUUUGCAUUUUCACCUUGGUUUUAUCACCUAACAUAAAACCUUUGGUCCCCAUUUGACGAUACUCACGCAGAUAAAUCCCUAAAGCAGGAAAUAAUUCAGUCUUGGCCCUUUCUAAACCCAUUUAGGUUCAUAUUUUUUGCAGCAUUCAGCCAAGACACGCUUCCAGAGCCAGGAAUAACGCAUCUUGAAGUGCCAAUGUGUCUUAAAAUCCAGAAAAUUGCCCCAAAACAGGCAUGACUCAUCAAGCACCGUAGUGGGAAUGAUUUGCUUGGAUGACCCCGUAGGGCAUUGCUCACCAGUGCUGUCACGUUAUUUGGGGCCAGGAGUGGCUGCUGCCCCAUUGGUGCCCAUAAACCAGUGCUGCCCCAUUUGGGAUUGGGGUCUGCUCACAGACCACAUCCUCCAACCAACCCAUGGAUGAGAACAGAGAGGCGACCAGCUCUCCCCUCUAUUUCUACCCUUCCCUGCAGAAACCUGUUCCUGUCUAUACAGAGCUCCCCAUCCCUCCUGCCUUCCUCGGCAUUUAGGUAGGCUAUAAUUAAGCUCUGGGAACGUCCCCCUGCUGCCAGCACAGCUGUCGUGCCUGCAGUGACCCCUUCCAGCUCCCUGCGGACACGCAAUCCCUCCAGCAAUCCUAAAUACCCAUUUCCUGCCCUCCUGGGACAAACUGGGAGCUGCCAAAAAAUCUCCAGCCCCCCACGGACGUGACCAUCACAGCAGCAAGGAGCAAAGCAGGCGCAACGUGACUACGGUGCAGGUCGGGGUGGACAUUUGGAAGUGGUUCUGACUGGGAAGAGGACGUGAUGAUGGCAUCAGGGAAGAGGAACGCGCAUCUUGAAUGGGACGCAAAAAUCAGGAAGCUAACAGAAGAUUUUGAAGAGAGUGACACGGAGCUCGAGGAAUGUGACACAGAAGAUGGGGAACUCAUGGCUGAGAUUGACAAUCUGACUGCAGAGCUUGAGGAACGUGAUAGGAAAAUCAGAAAGCUCACAUCAGACCUUGGUGACGUUGACACAAAGCUCAAGGAACGCGAUAGGAAAAUCACCAAACUCUCAGCAGAAAUUCGCAGACUGACUGCGCUGCUGGGGGACCGUGACUCCAAGCUCCGCAAACUGACGGCAGAACUCGCUAAGUGCGAUGCUACCAUCAGGCUGUUCACAGUGGAACUCGGGCAGCGUCACACCAAAAUCGGGGAGCUCACUGCAGAAGUUGGGGACUACAGCAGGAAACUUCGGAAACACGCGGCGGAACUCGAGGAACGCGAUCUGAAAAUCAGAGAACAUGAAGCAGAGAUAAGGCGCCUCACUGAGCUGCUUGAGGACCGCGAUUCCGAUGCCCGAGAGCAGGACGUCCUCAUUAGGAAACUGUCGGAAGAGCUCGAGGAAUUGAGGGGCCGGGAAGUUGAGGAGAGCGAUCCAGAGAGGGGAGAGCAUGAAGCCAAAAUCGGUGAACUCUCCGCAGAAGUUGAAAAACAAGAGAGAAGAAUUGAUGAACUCACUGCAGAGCUGGAGCACUACAGAGCAAAAGCAAGAAAAUGUUUUGAGGAACACAGAAGAAGCGAAGAAAAGUUGGUAAACGUGACUCUGGACCCAGAGACGGCCCACCCUCGCCUCAUCCUCUCCGAGGACCAGAAGAGCAUCCGAUGGGAAUACAGCCUGCAGGAAUCCCCCGACGGCCCCGAGCGCUUCGACGCCGAUCCCUGCGUGCUGGGCUGUGAAACCUUCAGCUCUGGGAGGCACUGCUGGGUGGUGGAUCUCACAGAAGGGCAGUACUGCGCCGUCGGGGUCAGCAGGGAGUCCCUUCCGAGGAAAGGAGCCAUCAGCUUUAACCCUGACGAAGGGAUCUGGGCUGUGCAGCAAUGGGGGUACAAGAACAGAGCCCUCACCUCCCCUCCGACCCCACUGAACCUGCCAAGGGUUCCCAAAAAGAUCCGCAUCUCUCUGGACUACGAAUGGGGUGAGGUGGCGUUUUUUGAUGCUGAGAACCAAAUCCCCAUCUUCACAUUUCCUCUGACCUCCUUCGGUGGGGAGCGGCUCCGGCCGUGGUUCUGGCUGGAGCUGGGCUCCCUCUCGCUGCCCCGAUAACCCCAGAAUCCCUGGAGGUGCCUUACAGCAGCUCUUCGAGAUCAGGGUGGAAAAACUCUCAGGAAAAAGCAGCAUCAAAACCUCAUUCUCCCCCUUCCCAACCAACCGUCGUCAUGCAAAGGAAAGGAAAUUCAUCCUCAGUAUCAUCAACAUCCUCCGUGUGUCAUGUCUGGUGGCCCCCAUUGAUGUAUGGGGUGGCUCCUGUUGGUGUCUGGUGCCCCCUGUUGACAUGAGGUGGCCCCCAUUGACAUAUGGGGUGGCUCCUGUUGAUGUCUGGUACCCCCUAUUGACAUGAGGUGGCCCCAGUUGAUGUAAGGUAGCCUCCAUUGACAUGAGGUGGCCCUCACUGAUGUAUGGUGGCCCCCCAUUGAUGAGAGGUAGCCCCCAUUGAUAUAUGGGGUGGCUUCUGUUGGUGUCCGGUGUCCCCCCAUCGAGGUGAGGUGGCCCCCAUUGACAUUAAGUGGCUCCCAUUGACGUAUGGUGGCCCCUGUUGACUUGAGGUGGCUCCCAUUGAUGUAUGGGGUGGCUCCAGUUGGUAUCUGCCAGCCCCCCAUUGACAUAGGGUGGCUCCUGUUGAUGUCUGGUGCCCCCCAUUGACAUAUGGUGGCCUCCAUUGAUAUAUGGGGGUACCCUGUUGACAUGAGGUGACCCCCCCCAUUGACGUAUGGUGACCCCCAUUGACGUAUGGAGUCUCUAUGAGCAGCCCCUACCCUGGAUCCAAAGCCUCCUGAUUGCAAUUCCAACCUCUAGGGCUGUUAAAUGACCCACAGAGAGGAUGGGGGCCUCUUUGGCCUGAUGGAGAGAGGUGGGCACCAGGGUAAGUCGCUGCCUACAUCACCGCUGGUGUUUUGUCUCAGCAGCUGGUGUAAAUUUCUGCGGAGAAGCUCUGCUGGUGGGCAGCUUGUCUCCUCUCAGUGCAAAAAGCAAAAUAUACAACACAUGCACCCUGCCAUCCACGUGGCCGUCUCUCUCCAUCAGCUGUUGAAGGAGAAGUCUGUGCUCAGAAGAGAUGAAAUGGGGCUGAGAUUUGGCUUGGGAAGAUGAUCUGAUUCCAACCAGAGUCCAGGAGACUUUGGGGAAUGCGUGAGUCCUACGGGAGAAUGGAUCACCCUUCAUCCAAGAGCAAGCUGGCAUGAAGCUCUGGGGUGAAAACCCAUAACGCCACGUGGUUUUAAGGUUUGGGGUGGCUUACACCCUGCAGCUCUGCUUCUAGCAAGGCUAGGGAGCCUAAACUGGGAGCCCUAAACCCAUCGAGGAGUCAAACCUGUGCUUGAGACCAUUGUGGGCCCAGCUGAAAUGGGAGGUAGGCAAUUACGGACAUCACUGAAGCCACCCCAAGAUUUGGGGAACUUUGGUUUUCACCUUUCGCUGCACUUUCAUAGGAUUUCUCGUGUUCUUGGCCACCUGGUUAAAAAAAAUGAUAAUAAUAAUUAAAUCUUGGCUUUUGCCCCGCUGUGGGAUGGGCAGCUGGUGGUUCCCAGCUCACAAUAAACCACUCGAGACUC